UAUGGCGGUGAAAAAACUUUCCCAAAAAAAAGCGAAACCAGAAAAAUCCGAUUUUCUAGGUGAAUGGAGUUUUAGCUCCUUGCAUGAAACAGCAUCAACACGGAGUAAACAAAGAUUUCAGCCUCCGAUCACUCGGGGAUCCGUUCGCGGGAAAUGGGAAUCUUUUGGACCAGCGCUGGAAAACAGAUUCAGAUUAAAUUGGUGCACAAAUCCGCGAACGUUCUGCACCUAUCGGUGGAAAACACAAAGGCAGAUGAGGAACGGCGCCGGAUGCUCUUAUUCGUGCUCGGAACCUUAUUCUGCUUUUCGAUUUGCAUCCUCCUUUUUCGGCUAAGCACGGGCCACGCUGUGUUUCUCCUGCCGACGUUUAUCUUUGGCUAUCUGUACAGCAACGUUAUAAAAUCGGAACAACUGGUUCUAGUCAAAGACUUUGCCCUCCAAUGCUCGACAGCCUACGCAAACGGGACGGUCCGUAAUUCGCUGAUACCGAUAGAGUACAUCCAGGACAUCAUCAUCAACGAGGUUUUCUAUAACUUGAAAGUCAUAUUUGUACUGCAAGUGCUCACUAAAGGGAAUCUAUUUAGGAGGAAACCCAUAAUAACGCUACUGCAGCACCUUAAACCUGGACUGUCUUGCCUGAAAUUAAUCUUCGAAGAGAUACAUUCCGUGCUGGAGAUUGAAGACUGCUGAACGUACACGCGAAGUCGAUUACCUGCGAGAAGCCGGGAAAAAUUUCUCGAGAACAUCGAG